AUGGCGAGAGAAAACCCUUCAACCCUAAUUCUUGGAGAUUCUAGAUCUAGGGCGAAGGAGAAGUGUUCCAUAAGUUUAGCGAAGAUCAAAUCCAAACCUUCCGGUGGCUCAGCCCUUGAGCCAACCAAGAAACAAAGCCAAGAACAAAACUCACCAAGUUUACGCCGUUGGGGCUCGUCCUCCGGUAAACCAGGGAGGCAAAAUUGCCUAUGUUCUCCAACGACACACGCUGGUUCUUUCAGGUGCAGACACCACCGUGCUAAUACCUUGACUCGUGUCGUGUCUAUCGGGUCGAAUCUCUCUGUUAUAUUGUCUUCCAAGUCGAGCCAGUUUAGUGACUCCCUCAAGGCUCAGUAAACCGCUUUAGCGGAUGUGUUCGGUAUAUAAUAAGAAGUGUCGGUUUUGUGAUUAUUUCUACUGACAUUGAUCAAAAUUGUAUACCAAAACCGAUUGAGAAGAAAAGGUAUAUGAAAUCGAUUGUAAUU